AUGGCGGCGGCGUCCGAUUCCGGUGGUGGUUCGAAGAGGCGGCGGACGGACGAUGAAGGGGAUCAAGGAAUCGGCAACACGGAGGCCGCGACGGAGGAGGAGGAGGACCGCAUCUCGGCGCUGCCGGAGGCGCUGCGGCUGCACAUCCUCGGCCUCCUCCCGUACAAAUCCGCCGUCCGCACGGGCGCGCUCUCCACCCAGUGGCGCGCGCUCUGGACGCGCCGCUGGCCGGAGCCCUCCUCGCUAGACCUCCGGCUCGACACCCUCACCGCCGCGCCGCCGAUCCUCCAGUCCCUGGAACGGCUCAGCCACCGGCGCUUCGACCGGUUCUCCCUCUCCUUUCAGAUCCGCAACGGGGAGCUCAAGCCCGACGGCGUCCAGCGCAUCCUGGACUACGCCGCCGCCUGCUCCGUCGCCGACCUCAGCGUGGACAACGCCCACCGCGCCUUCGCCUUUCUUUUCAAGCUCCGCCUGCCGCCAGGUGACCCCUACCUCACGCGCCUCGCCCUCGCCGGCAUUCUCGUCGGCCUCUCCAAGCCCUUCUCCGCUCAAUCCCACACCUUCUCCGCCCUGGAGGCCAUUUCUCUCCACGGCGUCAAGCUCUCCGACUACACCGUCGAAAACCUGGUGGCCGCGUCCCCUCUCCUCCACACCCUCGAGCUGUGCUACUGCGAGGGCCUCCGGUUCAUCAGCGUCGCGGCCGCCGGAUCGCAGCUCAGGAGCCUCACCAUCGCGGAGUGCGAAUGGGUGAGGGACGUUUACACCAUGGAGGCGUCCACCCUUCGCUCCUUCCGAUACAGCGGCUGCUACAUCCGCGCCCUGACAAUCCCAGCUACCUGCGCGCUCGCCGACCUCUACAUAUGCUUUGGUGGAUCUGCUGGUCACUCCCGGGAGGACAGGCCAGGCACCCCAAUCUUCUGCUUUGGCUGGCCUCCUGAGGUGCCAAGGAACUGGCUUCAGGCACUCACCAACCUCUCCGACCUCACCGUGCUUACCCUCUGCAGCAGCGCCCUGCGGCGAGUGUCCGCCAAGGCUCGAGAAAGAUCAUUGGCCGGAAGUGCUGCACCGUGCAAAUUGCAGAAUCUGAGAGAGCUGCAGCUGCUCAUGUUUGCGAUGUAUGACAGCAACCUGCAGGACAUCUACGUUUUCCUCGUCGCCUGCUGCCCCUCUCUAUUAGAGAGACUGUUUUUGGAGCUUCCAACAAAUAGUCACUAUUAUCGGCCAGAUUUAGAACCAUCAGAAUCAGAGGAUGAGCUACUAGAGCCAGUGGAGGAGCUGCCAGGGAAAGAACCACCUGAGGAAGAUGGGCCAGAGGAAGAGUCAUCAGAAGAGGAAGAGGAGCUGCUAGAGGAAGAGGCAUCGGAGGAAAUGGAAUCAGAGGAAGACUGGUCAGAUGAAGAGCUAUCUGAUGGGGGGAAAUCAGAGGAAGAGCCAAUGAAGGGUUUCCUUGAGAACCUUAAGUUGCUCAAGAUGACGAAUUUCAAGGGGAGCGACAAUGAGAUGACACUAGCAAGGCUUGUGUUGAGAAACUCUACUAGUCUCAACCAAUUGCUACUAUUUACAUCGAGGAGUGAUCGACCAGAAUGGCUCCGGGAAAAGCAUGUGGACACAUCCGGUAUUCUUGAAAAAAUAUUGCCUCUCAAAAAGGCCUGGCCAAAUGCCCAGAUAAUUCUGGGUGAGUCUGACGGUGAUGCAGUCCAGCCAUUGCAUAGGAAAGUCUAUGCCCGCAUGCCAGAGCCCAUCCCUCUCGUCGAUCUUAGCCGUCUGACGGACGCAGACGAGGCCGACAAGCUCCGGGCAGCUCUGCAGACCUGGGGCCUCUUUCUGGCCACGAACCAUGGAAUCGAAGACUCUCUUAUGGACGCCAUGAUGAGCGCGUCCAGAGAGUUCUUUCGGCAACCGAUCAAAGAGAAGAAGAAAUGCAGCAACUUGGUGGUGGAGGGCAAGCCCUUCGAGGUGGAAGGGUAUGGAAAUGACAAAAUAGGAAGCCAGGAUCAGAUCCUGGACUGGAACGACCGGUUGCAUCUGAAACUGGAGCCAGAAGAUGAGAGGAAUUUUGCUAAAUGGCCUACUCACCCGGAAUCUUUCAGGGAUGUGCUACAUGAGUACGCGCUAAAAACUAAGAGAGUAAGAGACCUUAUCUUGCGAUCAAUAGCAAAGCUCGUGGAGAUUGAUGAGGAUUACUUCGUCAACCAAAUAUCAGACAAGGCUUCCGGGUUUGCUAGAUUCAACUACUACCCUCCAUGUCCCAGGCCCGACCUUGUUUUGGGCCUCAAGCCUCACUCUGAUGGUGGUCUUGUUACCAUCCUUUUUGUCGACGAAGAUGUCGGUGGUUUGCAAGUUCAGAGAGAUGGAAAAUGGUACAAUGUUCCAGCCAAGCCUUACACAUUGGUGAUUAACUUGGCAGACUGCAUGGAGAUAAUGAAUAACGGAAUCUUUAGGAGCCCAGUUCAUAGAGUGGUGACGAAUGCCGAGAAGGAGAGGCUUUCACUGGCCGUGUUUUAUGCCGUGGAUAAAGAAACUAUGCUCGAGCCAGCACCUGGUUUGCUAGAUGAGAAGCGACCAUCAAGAUAUAGAAAACUAAAAGCCAAUGAUUUCGUGCUUGGGUUAUUUGAACAUUUUUCUCGGGGGACAAGAUUCAUCGAGACCCUCAAGAUAUAAGUUCAACGUUUUUUUAAGUUGUAGCAGUGAUUAUCUAUGGAGAAUAAAGCGAUGUUUACCUUCUCUGAGUGGGGAUUUUAUCUAUCAUCCCCUUUGUACAAGUCUCCAAGUCUUCUAAGUGUCUCACUUCAUCAACUCUUGGCUUAUGUAAUUCCAAACCAGCUAUUGUUUUUUUCGUGUUGUCCUC